AUGAAGCUUGUUCAUUAUACCGGCGGCCAGCAGCAUCGUAAACUCAACCAGUUACAACCACACACUCUCAAACCACUUACACGGCACAUCUACGACUACGUCCAAACCAUGGUUCAGAUUCUCGGAAAAGAAGUCGGCUCUACCGGCUACGGCCUCAUGAGCUUCGGCUUCGCCAAGGACAAGCUCACCCUCGACGAGGUCCUGACCACCAUGGAGGCCGCCUACGACCGCGGCUGCCGCCUCUGGAGCGGCGCCGAGUUCUACGGCCCGCCCGACUGGAACAGCCAGCUCUUCAUCCGCGAGUACUUUGCCCGUCACCCGGAGCACGCCGCGCACGUCGUCGUCUGCAUCAAGGGCGGCCUCGACACGCAGAAGCUGGCGCCCGACACCAGCGCGGCGUUUGUCCGGCGGUCCAUCGACAACAUCCUCGCGCAGCUCGGCGGCCGCAAGACGCUCGACGUCUUCGCCAUUGCCCGCCGCGACACCACGAGCGACUUUGCGGCGACGCUGCGCAUGAUCCGCGACGAGUACGUCGACACGGGCAAGAUUGGCGGCGUCUCGCUCAGCGAGUGCUCCGUGCAGACCGUCGAGGACGCGGUGGCGGUGCUGCCCGUCCAGCUGGCGGAGCUGGAGCUCAGCCUGUUUACGACGGACAUACUGCACAACGGCAUCGCGGCCGCGUGCGCCAAGCACGAUAUUCCCAUCAUGGCCUAUUCUCCCGUGGGCCGAGGCCUUCUCACCGGCGGAAUCAAGAGCGCCGAGGACGUCAAGGGCCGUCUCGGCAUGUUCCCGCGCUUCCACGGCGCCGCGCUCGACCACAACCUGCAGCUGACGGCCAAGGUCCAGGAGCUGGCCGCGCAAAAGGGCUGCACGCCGGCGCAGCUCGCGCUCGCGUGGGUGCGCCGGCACAAUCACCGCGACGGCUUGCCGGCCGUCAUCCCCAUCCCGGGCACGACGUCGGUCGCGCGCGUGCACGAGAACACGGCCGAGGUGCAGCUCACCGACGAUGAGUUUGCGGCGCUGUCCAAGCUGGCCAACGACUUUGAGACGGCGGGCGCGCGGUACCCGUCCAUGUUCCCUACCAACACGUAA